AUGACGAUUGAAAAACAUGAGGACCAUUGCCUCCAGAGCUGCAGCAACCACACCUACGUGAGGAAGAAUUGGCUCGGGUCCAUUGUUUUCCCUUUCUCCGCUCUUCUGCGACAGUCUGAGUUUUCAGAUAAAAUAGAUGUUUUGGAGCGAGCACAGAAUUUUCAAAAAAAUUGUAAGGCUAUGUUUCCUGAUCGAAGACUCAUAACUACUGUUUUUAAUGAUGAAGGGAUAAAGACCUUAGUAACAAGAUAUAUCAAGGCAUUAAAUCCACCUCAACAAUUUCUGGAUAUUUUUCUUCAUGAUUCUAAUGCAACACUUGACCUCAUCGCUCGAUUUGUAUCUCUGAUUCCUUUCAUGCCUGAUACAUUGGAUGAAAAUGAUGAUGGUUAUGAUAUCUGGAUGACAUCAGAGCGUUGCAUCAGUUUGGCAAUUGGAAACAAAGAGGAACAUGCCAUUCUCCUCUGUAAUUUCUUUUUGUAUUUUGGAAAGAAAGCCUUGGUCCUCCUGGGAACUUCAAUGUUGGAAGGACGUGCGGCUUAUGUGUUAACUCAGGAAACGGAUGAAUUUUUGCUUUGGAAUCCGCUGACUGGGCAAUGUCAUAAGCAAUUUGACCCAUUUUGUCCCUUACAGAGUGUCGACUGUCUGUUUGAUGAUGGAAAUGUUUGGUUUAAUAUUCAGCAAAAUAACACCCCAAUGGCUGUACAUUUUGACUACUCAAAGGAGAAUUUCUGGAAACACUUGCUUCCAAAUGAUUCUCAAGGGACAAAAGCACAGAGCAUACAGCCUACAGAAAUAAUUUAUUCAGACACGGAUAAAAGCAUGGUAGAAGACAUAAGGAGCAGGAUUGAGAGUACCCUAAAGCAUAAAAUAAUGGAGUGGAGACCUAAACAGCCCACACGCUGGAAUCGGCAAUGUUCUUCUAUUUUGCGGCAAAUCCUUCCGAAACUGGAACUUGGAACAGGAAGCAUUUCGGUGUCAUCUGAAGAAGAGAGUGAAUUUGAAAGAUUGCUAAAAAUUUAUUGGGUCACAGGAUUUCCCCUCCAGAUGCCGUACACUGAUAUCCAGUCGGUUGUUGAUGCGGUAUAUCAAACUGGGAUUCACGCUUCUGAAUUUCCCCAGACGGAAUUUGCUCUAGCUGUAUACAUUCACCCAUACCCCAACAACAUAUUAUCUGUGUGGGUCUAUUUGGCUUCCUUAGCCCGACAUCAGUGA